AAUUUUACCUGAAAUAAUUCCAAAUUUCACCGAUUUACACGACAACAAUAUUGGUCUCAGUGGUGGGAUCCAGUAAUUACUUAUAGAGUGAUUGAUUACAUACAGUUGAAAAAUGUCAGGUCGCGUCGUCAUCAUUACGGGUGCCAAUUCAGGUAUCGGAUACAAGACUGCAGAGUAUCUGUGCGAGGCUGGAGACAAUGUCUACCUCGCCUGCAGGAAUGAGGAAAGGGGGAAGGCUGCUGUCGAUAAGAUCAAGGCAAAGAAUCCUCAGGCCUUGGCCCACUACCUACCACUUGACCUGUCAAAUAAGGAAUCUAUCGAACAGUUUGUGGUGAAGUUCCAUGAGGAAGGCAAGAAGAUACAAGUCUUGAUCAACAACGCAGCAGUGGCGCUGAGUAUGAAGGACCCAAAACGACAACUGACAAACGAGGGCAUGGAGCUCAUGAUGGGGACGAACUUCAUUGGUCACUUCUACUUGACCCACCUCUUGUUGGACGACCUGAAGAAAACUGGCGAAGAGACUGGCAACGUUCGUGUCCUGAAUGUGACAACCGCUCUCCAUGAUGGAAGUCAAUCCAAGGGCCGACAAUUCAAAGAUGUCGACAUGGACGACUUGUUCCUUGUAAACAGUGGUGCCUACUGUGGUGGCCAGGCUUACAAAAACUCAAAAGCAGCUCUUAUAAUGUUCACGUAUGAAUUAGCUAGACUUCUGGAAGGCACCGGUGUAUCCGUGAAUUGUGUUUGCCCCGGAUUUGUUCCCAAGACGCAGCUCUAUCGUCAGAAUUCUGCACCAAAGAGGUUCUUCGAUCGUUAUGUGAUGGGCGGGAUGUUGAAGUUCCUGAACACCACAACCAGUGUGGAUAAAGCGGCAAAUAUUAUGUUCAACUUUGCUGAUGACGAGAAGUAUAAAGGUGUGACCGGUAAAUACUACUGUGACAACAGAGAGGCCGACUCGUCUGCUGAGACCAAAGAUGAGGAGAAACAGAAGAAGCUAUGGCAGCUGGCUGGUGGCUAUUUGAAAAUUGAAGGCUACGAACCUCUGGAGAUCCCCGAGCCACCACCAGAGCCGGAACCAGUCCCAGAGAAGAAGGAGGAGGAGAAGCCUGCUGAGUCGAAGGAGGGGGAUGGAGAGAAGAAGGAAGAAGAUGGAAAGGAAGAGAAGAAAGACGAAGAGAAGAAAGAUGAGACGGAAAAGACGGAAGAGAAGGAACCUGAGGAUAAAGAAGAGAAGAAAGAAUAGAAGGCGUUACUAGGUUUAAGAUCAGUUUAGUUUCGUACCAGUGUACUAAAAGUUCCUCUUCAAAGCUUUGACAAAGCAAAAAACAUUGAAAUUCGUAACCUACCAAUGAAUGGUCAAUGACCGCAACGUUAUUGUCUGUUCAUUAGGCUGUUCUCAUGCGACCUUUCAACACUUUUUAAAAACAUUUACUGUUCAUGAAACUCAAUUUUUUAUUGCUGACAUUAGUGUGUCAUCAAUACUGACAUUAGUGUGUCAUUACUGUCAUUAGUGUGCCAUUACUGACAUUAGUGUGUCAUUAUUGACAUAAUCUGUCAUUAAUUCUGACAUUAGUGUGUCAUUAAUACCGAAAUUACUGUCAUUAGUGUGUCAUUACUGUCAUUAGUGUGUCAUUACUGGCAUUAAUGUGUCAUUAAUUCUGACAUUAAUAUGUCAUUAAUAUCAAAAUAAGUGUGUCGCUGUUUUCCUGAUAUGAAUCAAGGUUAUACAUUGUAUACAUGUAUGAAUGUGCUUCAUAGAUGUAAAAUAUGAUAUAUCGUUGUACUUCCUUCCUUGCACGAGUUGUAAUAUGUAGUGAGAGGGACAUUUUUCACAACACUGCUGUGUCUUUCUUGAUAACUUAUUGCUUUGCUAUUAGAAAUGCAAGUUGGCGAGGGCCAGCACUUGAAUAAAAAGCCACUAGUAUCUUUCUGGAUGACGUACUCGAAUCUGCAAAACUAUGCGCCAUAUUCAUUACUUGCCAAUACUUGAGGAAAUGAUACCUACAUAUAACAGGAGGUAUUGGUCGUCUCGCCGAAACCAAAUUGAUUCCUCAUGCAUUUUACAUUGAAAACAAUGCUACUUGCUACCAAACGUUGAACGAAAAGUUUGUGUAAACUUGCACUCUGUCCACUUUAAUUCUGGAUGCUGUCCUCGACAUAGAAUGAAUCCACUCGUAAUGUAGGACAAGAUGAUUACAUGCAAACGAAAUUAGUGCCGAUUUCGAAUAAUUGAACCCAAAAUAGAUAGUUGACAGACUAGACUAAUUUGGCAAUUUGGUGUCAUUGCGGGCCUAAUCUUAAUUGAAUAUUUCUGAUAAUGCAAGGCGAAAUUGUUGAAUUACAGUGGGAUUUUUUGCUGUUCAAAGUGCAGGAGGGAAGGCUUUGAUUAACAGAUUCCUUUUCUUAGGUUGUCUUGUUAAAAAAGUGUAUGCAGAGUAAAUAAAUUUGUUACCUAAGGGCAUUAGUGCAAUCAUGAAGCUUGAUGAACUAAAAGGAUCACACCAAAUGGUAAGUAAUGCCUACAUGACAUUGUAUCCUAAUUUAGAUCGUUGACCAUUUAAGAAGCUGCAAUUUGGAUCAUUAUGUAGAUGAGGUCACAUUAGGCUCGAAAUUCUGUGUGACAUGGGAACAGGGGUUGUGAUAAGAACUGCCCCUAGCCUAUAAAUCAGCCAUUGCCUCUGUCAUGUUACAAUCACUGCAUUCCAUUCCCUCAGGCUGGAAUUUUGGACUCUUGAUUGGUCAUUGGCCAAUAAGAAGCCUUGUACUUGCCAUGGCCAUGCUGUGUAUGCUGAACAAGAGAUCAUACAUGUCUUCUGAUUGGCUGAUACUGGGCUGAAAUCCUGCUUGUGGAAGGUGAUGAAUCAAGCCAAACUAGGCCUGGGUAUUUCUCUUCUCUGAACAGAACUCUAGCACCCAUGACAUGAAAGUUAACCAUAGUCCAAUAGCAUUAUAAUUAGGUACUUCGGGCAGAAGUUUUUGUGUACGAUUCUGGCAGUUUUGAUUUUUCACACAAAAAGAGUUGUGUUUUGUCACUGUGUGUGUAACAUAAAGUGUUGCAAAAUUUGCGAGAGGACCAUUCCUUGAAAUGCAAUAUUGAUGUUGUAUACUGCUUGCAAAGCGGCUAGAUGCUUCCAGUUCCAGUCAUUCAAAUACCAUUCUAUUUAAUGUCGAUCGUGUUAAAGUUCAACAAGAUUUUCAAAGGUUAUUUAAAGACCUACAAGUUAUUCCAAGUUUCAAAUGUACUAUUAUAUCGGUGUUAUCAAGAAUAACUAAAGACUAAUUGUUUUUUAUUCUUGGUGUUAUGGAUGUAUUUUCUGAAUAUUGUUUAUAUUUCCUAGAAUUGUUAAUUCAUGUAAUACUUUUCUAUGCUUACGUGUACAUGUAUGUACACCAAUACUUGAAGAUUAUAUACACGGUACUGUAUGUGAAUGUACAUGUAUCAAUAUGCCAUGUCAUGUCUGUGUCGUGUUACCUUGUAUUCAUAAUUCUAUGUGUUCUUGGCCAGUGUUUCUUAUAAGUGUUGAUACAACGUGCAAAGAUAAAUUCACAUGCCACUGUUGACUGCAAUCUUUCUUGGAGAUUCUAAGGAUAAUUUUGCCUUUUUGUGCCAUAGGUUUUUCACAUUAUUGAUUUUUUGAACUUUUUUCUACAUUAUUUUGUUCUUAUGAAAACAAAAAUCAAAAUUAUGUACAGUCUGGCUCACAUUGUAAUCAUCAUGAUCAUGCUGACAACAACAUUUGCGUAAACCUUGUGAAAACCACAUUGAAAAUGGUUGAAUAGUUAAGAAGAUAUCACAAGUUGCAGGUGUGGAUAUUAAUAUGAGCUAGACUGUACACGUAUGAUCAUCAUCCUGGGCCAAGUAAGUAAACUUUGUUGGAUGCACCUGCUCACCUGACAAGCGUGGUUUUGUUAUAUUGCAUGAUUGUUUGUUAUCUGAAUGAGGCCAAAGCAUUACAGCCAGUCCCAGCUAUGUCAUGUGACAUGUCAUGACAUCAUUCACAUUCUAUUUGUCAGUAAUCUGGGACAGGCUUUGUGUUGUUCUCAUUACAUGCCAUGUAUGCCAUUUAGUAUUGUUUACACACUCUAUUGUACUGCAUUUAUUCUUUGUCUAUUUUAUAUAACUAGCCAAAUUUGUAAACAGCUUUUAUCAUGUAUUUUUAAUAGAACUGAUGUGCUUUUUGUACCAAUGUAUUUUAGUCGCUUUACGAAAGUAAUUUUGUGUCACAACUCUUAUUUUUACUCACAUUGCCAUUGAUGACUUCUGCUGUUUUAUUGAAAUGUGCUAAAAGUAUUGCUGUGCCAUCCUAUGACUUGUUAGUGGUAAUUUCACUUGAAAUAUUUGAAAUUCCUCACACGUACAUGUGUAGGUCUGAUUCUGAUAGUAAAGAAAUAUGUUGUCUAAAUCGUAUUUCAGUCUUAGCUUUUGAUGCCUCAAAGGUUUUUGUAUAAUAGUGUGACGAUGACAUGUUUGCUCAGUUUUGUGUGCAUGUUUGUUGAGUUAGACUGCCUUCCACGUUAUCCUUUUUGAGUAGUUCACUGAUUUUACCAAUGUCCACCAAAAGUUUUUUGUGGGAAAGUUCUCUCCUUGACAUCAUUACGAAUGUUGUUGAACCGUUGAUGAUUUCGUAUGCUUUGUUAUUAAUGCUAUGUAAUCAAUUCAUGUAAUUUAUUGAUUGAUUGCUGUACUGUGUUACAUUUGCUUUGAAUGGGAGAUGUUUAAUACCUACAUGUUGAUUUGUAUAUGGAAUAUAUAAUGCAUUGUAUUGUUAUACUUAUGGGCCAUCCAUACACAUCAGUGUGGGAAGUGAAGGGCGAGGAGGAGCAGUUUGAAGAUCUUCUGGUGGCCCAUUAUAUUAUCAUUAUUAAAGUUCAUUGGUGUUUAGGCCUAGAUGACGAACGUAUGAUUUUACUGGGCAAAUUUCACCCUUUGAAUGCCACUCUAGUUUGAGCAGGUAACCUCCCUAGUAGGGACACCCAAAAUACUGACAGAUGCUGACCUUAUUGAGGAGGUAUCCGGAUACAGAGAUUAGAUUGUAUUGAAAAACCCAUUGGGACCAAAACCCCUGCCUCUUGUAGAGAAGGUGUACCACUGACGGAGCCGGAGGUGUCUGCUAUGAGGUCUACUGCAAUGUUCAUUUUCUUGAAACAAAUUGGACUGACUUUUGGCAUUAUUUAUCAAACCAAAGUCCUAGGGUGGCAAACUAAUGGUCAAAUAUGCCAAAUUAGUGCUUCUGUAGUCUUUUAGCCAUAGCAUGGAUCUUGAUCCUUCAAAGAGUGCAUGUUAUUUUUUAGAUUGCUGAUAUAUUUAAUCUUGCACAAUUUGUACCGCAUUUACCAUUAUUGCAUGUUGUAAUUGAUACUGAUGUUCAUCGUAUCCUGAUUUCCUCAGGAUGUGCAUUUGAAUCAAUUCCUAAAUUUCUUUCCUGGCGAAGUUUUUCCAAAAACAGUACUGAGGUUUUAUCUGUGUAUUUCUGUACAUUCAAUCACUACAUGUUCAUUCCUCUAAGUUAAAAACUUUGGACCAACUUUGAAUUGAUUAGUUUUGGUGAUGAGGCUGACAGACUUUUACUUAUUACUAUGGGUACAACGUCUAGGCAAUAUUUGACUAUGACCCCAGCAGUAUCAUAUCAGACCUAUCUUAUCCAAUUCGGUUUCAUUUUGCAGCAUAUCUUGGAUAAAGAAAAUAAGGAACGAAAUCAGCGCCUCUUGUGUCAAGAUUGAGGAGAUAUCGCUGGUUGUCUUUCUGCCAUCUAACGGUGCUCUUCAAAACUAAUCAAAUUACUCUGGAAUGCCUUUCACUCUCCGUUUGUGAUGAAAUCGCGAGUGACAUCUACCAAAGAAGAUUGCCUUGUUACCCCAUACCGAGGCUGUCGUAGUGGCGCAACGGAAACGUCGGCGCCUGUCCACCAUGUUGACUGUGCGCAAUGUAGACUUGUUGGUGCUGAAGGCUUUGCUAUUAAUGUUUGUACUGUAGACUCUUUGCUUUUAUAAAAACAUCUGAAGUCUUUGGUCGGUGGAAUAAAAGUCCAUGUUGUAGGAAA